GUCUUAAUUGUGUAAAAAUAGUCCUCGUUCUACCAAAUAGUUUUCAGCCCUGAACGCUAUCAAAAUUUACCAUUCAUUUGUUUUUAAUUGAGACAUAUUGUUUCUGAUUAAGACGAAUAAAACUUUUCACUUAUUUGGAAACAUUUUGAAAAAAGGCGCAUUGAUUUCUCAUGUAUGCAAAUUUAUUAUGGCGAUAGGCUGUUGAUCGCUUUUUGGGGAAAAAAAUAAUUUUGUUGGUGUUUUGCAAAUUAUGAAGCGAUCACAAGACAGGGAUGUUUCGCCUAGAAUCAAAAGAUCCCGUUCAGAAUAUCUAGGACCUGAGCAUGACUUCAUCAGAGAUAGAUAUUCAUCAGAAAGGGAACGUUCCCGUACUCGCAUGAAAGACACCUUUUUCGAGGACGAAAUGGAUCGCCAACGUGCAAAAUAUAAGGACGAUAGAUAUGAUGACUAUCCACCCGCAAUGCCAAGAACUGAAACAAGAAACCCUGAGUAUAGGUCAUUGUGUGUAAGUGGUGUUAGUAGCAAAGUGCCAGACAGAAUUUUGAAAGAUCAAAUGUACAGAGAGUUUGAAAAGUAUGGUGAAAUGAACGUGAAUAUCACAUUCAGUGGUGAUCAACGGGUGGUUUACAUUAACUUCAAGUAUCCCGAAGAUGCUCGUGCAGCAAAACAUGACAAGUAUAAUAAGCUAAUUGUAUUCGACAGGCCCGUCAGAAUCGAGUCUGUGUAUAAUAAGAUACGCAGUUCCAGUCCACCUCCUUAUCGUGAACAAUUUAGCAGUGGACGUGGUGAUUAUCCAACGCCUGGGCCUCCAAUGGGGCGUGGCUAUCCUGGACCCCCAGGCCCACCACUACCAGGACCUGGUAGGGACUUUCACGGACCACCUCCUCCAUUCCGCGGAGAUUUUCAUGGUGGACCUCCACUCCAUCACGAUGAUCAUGCUUUUCCUCCACAUAACCAAGAAGGAGGCUUUGUUCCAAAAAGAGCUCCAGGAAGUGAAAAGUUCCCGUAUCAUUUAGAUCAUAAACCACCUGAGGAAGAUGCUAAUGCAACUAGAACAUUGUUUAUUGGCAACUUAGAUUAUAAUAUUUCAGAACAAGAAAUAAGAAGUAUUUUUGAGGCAUUUGGGCCGAUAGAUGAAAUUGAUAUCAAAAGACCACAGAGAGGCCAAGGAAAUGCAUAUGCAUUUAUGAAGUACUAUAAUUUAGACAUGGCCCAUCGAGCUAAAGUUGAAAUGUCUGGCAAAUACAUUGGAAGAUUUCAGUGCAAAAUUGGCUACGGAAAAAUUAUACCUUCAAGUUGUAUUUGGGUAGGUGGUUUAGGGCCAUGGGUAACACCUCAAGCUCUUGAAGCAGAGUUUGACAGAUUUGGUGUCAUUUUAAAAAUUGAUUGGCCACAUGGCAAAAACUAUGCUUACGUUGUGUAUGAAAAUGGUGAUGCAGCACAGGCAGCUUUGAACGAGAUGCGUGGCUUCCCUUUGGGUGGAAAAGACAAACGCAUAAGAGUAGACUUUGCAGAUCCAACUCAUAUUGGUCAACAAAUUAAUGAUGCACCACCUCCAAAGAGAAACUACGGUCAACCAAUGGAUGGUGCAAGAUACAGUGAUGGACCUCCAAGAGAUGGCUAUUCUGGUCCACCAAGAGAGCCUUUCCCAGGAGGUGAUAGGGACGAAUGGGCAAGAGAAGGCAAUGGAUACAGGCCAGGUGACAGGCCAAGGCCAGGUUAUGAAGAUUUCAGGCCUUCGCCAGGUGACAAAAGAAUGUCUAGGUCUCCUGGUAGAGAUUAUUAUGAUCGCAGGAGAGACGAUUAUUCACCUCAAAGAAGACGCUCUAGAUCCCCAGAAGAUAUGUCACCAUUAGAAAAUAUUCACUCAUUGUCUGACCUUUCUAAGAGGUUACCUGUGGCAUGGAAUGGUGCUUUGGUACUAAAGUCCAGUGCGUUUCCAGCGAGAAUGCAUGUGGUCAGUGGAAAUGUGCAAAUCGUUGACAGAUUAAUGCGUGAUCCUACAACUACUGAGACUCCAGCUUUGACUAUCAAACAGAGACUGCGUCUUGAUCCCAGCAAAACUGACGAUGUUGCAAAGCGUGUUCUGCAAGCUGGUCCAAGAAACCAUUGCGUGUUGAUAGCGUUCCCAAGCUCGUUGGAGAACUAUGAUGAUCCUGCACGAAAUAUUCAACAGCGACCGCUGAAGAAUCUGGUUUCAUACCUUAAGCAAAAAGAGGCUGCGGGGGUUAUCAGUCUUCCGCCCUAUCCAACCAAGGACAAAGACAAUGUUGGGCUUCUUCAUGCUUUCCCGCCCUGUCAGUUUGGUUACGAAUAUCUACUUCGCCGGGCCCCAAGCUGCCAGCAGAUUGCAUGCGAUGAUUACAUUGUUGUCGUUGUUGUUCGCGGGGCUGCUUAAAAAUAUAAUCUACUGUGUAGAUUUAGUUACCAACUACUUUUGACAGUCAUUGUUUAUCUGUAAAUAAGAUUUUUCCUAAACAAGGAUCAACUAUAAUCAUGGUUGAAUUGAACAAUUCUUUGUUUUAUAUAUAAUAUUAUGGUUUUGUAUGAUUUUAUUAUUACUUUGAAUGGUAAAACAUGGUCUCAUGAAUAUGAUUAUCAAUAACAUGCAACUUGAUGCAUAUUUAUUUAGAAAUAAUAAGUAAUUGAAUUUAUUUUACUUUUUAAAGCAAGUUUUACAAAUUGUGACUUGGUUUCCAAUUGUCGACAGAUGUUGGCUGUUAGGUGAUUAUUAUUUAAUUGAUUUUUGAAAAAUGUUACCCUUUUUCUUCUUUCUGAUAUGUUGUGGAAAGAGACACAUUAAUAGAGUAAAUAUCUGAAUGUGAAAUUAAGAACCUGUAUUAAGUCUUGAGAGCUAUUUCAUUUAAACAUAUGACCCACAUGGGGAAGGCACUUCUAAAUAAUGCCACCACUACACAAGCAUAUUUACCGUGGGAUAUAUGUUUUACUGGAAUAGCCCUUAUCUGUCAUUGCCCGGUUAACAAAUUUUAAUGUGUUGCUGAGGUUGCAUACUUCUGGUUUCGUGGUCAACAUAAUACUUUGUCCAAUGAGAAGGCAGUAUACUUCACAAUUGUCAAUACAUGAUUUUUUUGAAAUUCAGCAGUCAUUAAUUUUGCUUAUAACGAGGCAAAGAGGUAGAUAUAAACAUUUGAAAUGAGUAGUUUACACAAUGUUAAGUAAACCACGAAAAAUGUUCAAGAUUGUUAGAAUGUACAUGCACAAAAUAAAUGGUUAUAAAAUGCACUGUCUCAUCAGACCAUUUAUUUUGGCAUGUACAUGCUAUUAAACAACCUCCAUUAUGUAGUAAUUUUAAAAUAAGCCAUUUGAACUGCAAUAUUUAAAGCUGCACUUUCACAGAUUUACUGUUUUUCCAACUUUUUUUUAGUUUUUGUCUUAGAAUGAGCAACGUUUUGGGUAAAUAUCUGCAAACCAGUGAUAUAAGACUGCUGACAAAAGAUCAGAUGGCAGAUUUUCAUAUUUCCAUUCCAAAAUUGAUGUUUUGUGGCUUAAACCGUUACUAACGAUUUAAGAAAAAUGCAUAAAACAUCAAAUUUGGAGAGGAAAUAUGACAAUCUGUGAUCUGAUAUUUUGUCAGCAGUCUUUUUACACUGGUUUUCAGAUAUUUACGCAAAUAUUUGCUGGUUCCAAGACAAAAAAUAAAAAAGUUGUCAAAAUUCAAUCUGUGAGAGUGCAACUUUAAAGUAAUGGAUGUUUAUAGAUGCUUAGCUCUUUCAUGAUAAUCCAGAUAAUUGUAAAUUAUUGAAUGUGGUUAUGUGUAUGUAAACUAGUUAGUAAAAAGGAAGGUUUUUAAAUAUCCUUAUAAAUUGAAAUAUUUGUAGCAUAGUUACAAAUCAUGUUUUGAUACGUCUUAUCAUUGGUAAACACCGUCUUUUGUAUGUUAAAAGCAACUUUUUGGGUUGUCACAAAUUUGAGCUAAUGUGAAUCAUUAAAUGAGUGAUAUGUAAGAUGGAUUAACAUAUGAAGAUUUUACAACUUCAUUAAGGCCAUUCUUCAAGUUUAAAGCAUAAAAUCAAGAAGUUGUUUUACAAACUUUUAUCUCUUAAAGGACUUGUUCACGAUCUUACGUUGGGAACAUUUUUUACACUGUAGAAAUUCAUAUUUUUACUUUCAUGAACAAAAUCCAAUUCGCGGACGUAUCCUUAUUAAAAUAACUAUAUAAAUCCAAGCCUAAUAUAAUGAAGUUUUCAACAGCAUUUCUUUAUUGCUUUUUCUGCAAAAUAAAGCCAUUUUCUGUCACAUUUAUAAAUAAUGAAUAACAAUAGAGCUUUUAUUUAAACUUUUUAUGGUGAAUUAUAAUUGAAAUAAGUAUUUAUUAAGUGUUUCACACAAACUUUUUUCAAUCACUGGCCCUUAAAAAUGUGAGCAUGUCUCAUAUAAAGAACAAAAGAUUUCUGCUCAUUUUGAUUUUAAAACUGCUUAUUUUCAUAGGCUAGAAAUGAUCAAUAAUUGUAUUUCCAAUAUCAACUUGUGGAAGUUGGUAAAUUGACAGGUUUAUUGAAUGAGUGUGUUUAUACAUAUCGUGAUUCUUGUUGUGUUUUCUUAUUGGUUAAUCUGACAUUCAAAAUUGUAUAUGAGUAGAAAAUCAGGUUUCAAUGUAAAUUGUUAUGGAUAUUCUGUUAUUAUUUUAAAUGAUGAAUUUCUCGUUAACAACUUAUGUUGCCUCAUAUAUAUUUUUGUUGGAAAUUCAAUUAUUUGAAAUUUAGUCCGAUAGUUGUGUUAUUCAAGUUAAACUUGGGACAUCAAAAUUCUGUACAAUUUUCAUAAGAGUUUAUAGAACUAUAAAAACAUUUUGUUAAUACCUACAUGUACAUGUACCUUAACAUGCAUUAUUAUCAUGGGGAUAUUUAACUAUAUUUGUUGAAACUUUUUUUAAUAUGUAUCACCCGAUUUCAUCUUAUCUUUGUUUGGCUAUGUUUAAGUUGUACAUAACAACGCUACGUUGUACUUGUAAACAUAACAGUAUAUUCCUUUAAUCUGUCAAUUUUGUGAACAACAUGAUCAUGUAUAUUUCCGAUGAGGCUUCAGGUUUUUUCCCAGAUGAAACUUGAACUACACCAAACCUGGGCGACUAUGCAUAAUCUUCUGUGGAUGGCAGAAAAUCCUUCAUAGACAUUCAGCUGGCUUUUGGGACUUGGGGGCUUGAGUUCCGGCUUGUAUUCACAGCUACCAGUUGCAGUUUGGGCACUAUAGAAUCUGCUGUCAUGGUUGCCAAAGCUUAGACUAGCAGAUUGCCGAUUUUCUGGUGCGAUCAAAGUGAACAAUGUUUUACAACUUGUACAUCUAAAUGGCGAAGAAUCAUGGCAAACAAAGCCCAUGAUUGUCAUCGGCUUUGAAAAUCAUGUUACAUAGAGAAAAAUUUACAGGAAGGACAAUCUUGGAAGUUUCGUCAGAUAGACUUAUGUUCGGAAAAGUUUUACUUGUGGGACUUCUUAUCUAAGACAGUGUGCAUAUUGUGUUAGGGGAAAUGAGAGAAUUAUUUUAUGAGAAUGUGCUUUUAUGAAAUUAGGUUGUGUGUGAUUGUGUUUCAAUGUGCAAAGUUUGUGUUAGGUAACCUUCCAUAUUCAUUUUGUGCUUUUUAUUAUGUGAAAUAUUUUGAAUCAAAAUUGCGACCACUGCAUUAUUCUGGGAGGGAAUUUCAGAUGUUUUGUGGAGAUCCUGAUUCCAUAGAUGUGCAGGAAUAUAGUGAUAUAAUCUUGUGGGCUUGAGUUUCUCAAAAGUGAGUGAAACAAAAUUGUGAUGCACAUUUGUACAUGUAGGUAACAACCUUUUUGUCAAAUGUUAAGAAGUCUUUUUGGGAUGACAAGAAAAGUUUCAAAUCAUCUGGGAUUCAACAUCAAGUUUUAAUGUUUAAAAAGUAUAUUAUUAGGAAUGACGGAAAAGUUUCACUGUCCAUCUGAGAUCCAACAAAGUUUAAAUGUUAAAAAAGUUUUUUUUAAGGAAUGAAGGAAGUUUCACUGUUCAUCUGGGAUUUAACAUAAGUUUAAUGCUGUGCGUCAAGUGUUUUAACCCAUACUGCUUGAAGUAUUUUAGAGGCUUACAUACUAAUCAUCUCCUUUAGCAACCAUAUUCUGUGUCUAUCUGUGUUUGUGCUGAAAGAAUGGGAAUCAUUAGAACAAAUAAACCCUUGAAAAAGUUAAUAGAUUUUCCUUAAAACGCUGUGCCAAAUGUGUGUUCUACUGAUUUUAUAGUGAUUUGUUUUAACCAAGAACCCUGACACCGUAAAUAUGGAAGUGAUCAGUUUUAUAAUACAGAUUCACAUUGUGCAUGGGAAAAUAUGUGAUUGUGGUUAUACAUUGAUUGUGCAAAGAAUAAAGUGCAAGCUAGUUA